AUGUAUCAACAUAAGCGUGUGCGUGAAGGGAGGGCGUGUGCGCGUGCAGAGCGCGGGGUGCUGCGCGACGCCGCCGUGGAGGCGGUGAUGCGGCGCGUGGACCGCGCGCACUACGCCGACUUCAACCCUUACUUCGACUCCCCGCAGGACAUCGGCUGCAACGCCACCAUCAGCGCCCCGCACAUGAGGCGUGCGUGCGUGCGCGUGCAGCACGCGAUCGCGCUGCAGCUGCUGGCGCCGGCGCUGCGGGACGGGGAGACGCGGCGCGCGCUGGACGUGGGCGCGGGCUCGGGCUACGUGACGGCGUGCAUGGCGCUGCUGCAGGACGAGGCCGCGGACGCGGUGGCGGACGCCGGGCUGGUGGUGGGCGUGGAGCACAUCGCGCAGCUCGCCGCCUUCGCCACCGCCAACCUGCGCCGCGACCAGCCCAAGCUGCUGCGCGACGGACGGGUGCAGGUCGUCGGUACGCGCAGCCACGCCCACGCCCACUACACCCACUUGCCUCGGACUCAUCCCCUGCUAUACUCGCGGUCAGAGGCACGGCGGAAGAGUGACUUAGAUAGAUUUAUUAAAGUUCGCUUUGAGCUAAUGCUCGGUGGCAAACAUGAUAACAAUUAA